CUCUCUCUCUCUCUCUCUCUCUCUCACAGUCAUCCUGAUAGAUAGAAUGAAUUUGACGGCUAACCCCAUGAUCUCCGGCCUCCAAUACUGGCUAGUGUAUCACCCAACCAUCCUCAACUUCUCAUGGAACCCUCCUCAUACACCUGCUUCAUCCCCACUCUUUCUCUCUCUCUCCAUCCUCUCUUACCUCUCUCUCACUCUCCUCCUCUACCUCCUCCCUCUCCCACCCUUCUCUCCUCACUUCCUCAAACCCAUCACCGCCUUCCACAACCUCACCCUCCUCAUCCUCUCCCUCAUCAUGGCCCUCGGCUGCACCCUCACCUUCCUCACCCAUACGCCUCACCUACACUGGAUCAUAUGUUUCCCUACCCAAACCCCUCCCACUGGGCCUCUCUUCUUUUGGGUUUACAUCUUCUACCUCUCCAAAAUCCUUGAAUUCCUCGACACCCUCUUCAUCAUCCUUUCCCGCUCCAUCCAACGGCUCUCCUUCCUCCACGUGUACCACCACGCCACCGUUCUCCUCAUGUGCUACCUCUGGCUCCAUACCUCACAGUCCCUCUUCCCCAUAGCGCUCGUCACCAACGCCUCCGUCCACGUCCUCAUGUACGGUUACUACUUCCUCAGUGGACUGGGGAUCCGACCCAGGUGGAAGCGGGUCGUCACCGAUUGCCAGAUUGUGCAGUUCCUGUUUAGCUUCGCGGUGUCGGGUCUCAUGCUCUUCUACCACUUCUCCGGAUCCGGGUCUGGAUGCUCCGGCAUACGGGGUUGGUGUUUCAAUGCGGUUUUUAAUGCAUCUCUUUUGGCUCUCUUUGUUGAUUUUCAUCUCAAGAGUUAUGCCAAUAGGAAGAAGAAACACACUGUUAAGACAGAUAAAGAGUCCUAACUGUUGUUAUUUUUUUUUAUUGCUAUAUCAUAUUUUUUAAUAAGAUGGAAGAAAAUGAUUUAUUGAGAUUGAAUG